AUGAAGCACUUACACAAUGUUGAUAUAUGUAAUAGUAGCCGACAAUGGUGCCUUGAUGAUUUUAAAGUGGGGAUACAUAUUGGAUCUGGACGAUUCGGCACAGUAUAUAGGGCGCAGGAAAAAAAGACAGGAGCGGUGGUUGCGUUAAAGAUCGUCAACAAACAGGAACUGCAAAAAGCCAAAGUUGUACGCUUUCUCAAACGAGAGAUCGAGAUCCAGAGUCGCUUGAGUCACCCGAACGUUCUUCGAAUGUAUGGGUACUUUGAUGAUAAAGACAGUGUCUGUAUGGUACUCGAACAUGCACCUGGUCGAACUCUGUAUGAUCUUAUCCAAACAAGCCCUAUACCCGAAAAUACAGUAACAAAGUACAUGACGCAGAUCGUGUCAGCUUUGCGUUAUAUCCAUGGUUUAAAAGUGAUCCACCGUGACAUAAAACCGGAAAAUGUACUGAUCGGCGAAGGAAACGUAUUGAAAAUGGCUGAUUUUGGUUGGGCUGUGCACGAUCGGAGGCCACGUCGACGGACCUUUUGCGGAACAUUGGACUAUUUACCUCCGGAGAUGAUUGAGGACAAGUACCACGAUGAAAAGGUCGAUAUUUGGGCUCUUGGCAUCAUGUGCUACGAAUUAUUGGUCGGUAUUCCACCGUUUGGCGAUGUGGAAAACUACGUGGAGACGUAUCACCGAAUCAUCCAAAUCAAAUUCUCGUUCCCAAACCAUAUCAGCAUGAAUGCACAGCAGUUUGUGAAAAGGAUAUUGCGCCAUGACCCACGGCAACGGCCGACGCUGGAGGUUUUAGAAAAUCAUCCUUGGCUACAACAAUCACGAGAACAGCAAUAG